AUGUCCCGUACUUCUGCAGCUUCUCUCAUCACGCAACUGAAGUCCAUGUCUGCGCGUCACGGCAAUCCAAAUGUGUUUGUUUCGGACAAUGGUCCCCCAUUCACAAGUGCAGAGGUUUCAGCAUGGCUUCAAGAGCAAGGAACCACCCAGCGCACGAGCAGCCCUCUUUAUCCGCAAGGCAACGGCUUAGUGGAACGCGCAGUGCAGACCCUAAAGCAUUUGCUGGUGAGGGGAGGUGAUCCGUAUGUUGCUCUGCAGAGCUAUCGUGCCAGUCCACUAGCACAUGGCUUCAGUCCUGCGGAGCUCCUCAUGGGCCGCCGCAUCCAGACGCGUUUACCCAUGUCGGCAGACGUUCGACGGCCACACCUCGUAGAUCGCACAGCGUUUGCCGCUAAAGACGCCUCUCUGAAGUCCCGGCAAGCGUCGGAUUUCAACUCCCGCCAUCGCGCUCUCGAUGCUCCGCCACUGGUCCCGGGUAUCCCUGUCUUUGUUCCGGAUAGGAAAGAGCCUGGUAUUGUCACUGCUGAGCAUUCCACCAGGUCGCUUAUCGUGGAGACGCCGUCCGGUUCGGUUCUCCGCCGAAACCGCAGUGCCCUCAUCGUCGAUCCGCCUGCAGGUCCUGCUAACGCUGUGGACAAUGGUGAGCCAGCGUCACCCGUCCAACGUCCAUCUCCAGCUACCCCCGACCCGGAGCGUUCCGGUAGAGUUACCCGUUCUGGACGUGCCGUUCAUACUCCUAUCAGAUUCCGUUAA